AUGGAUGGUGUGGUCAACCCAUUACUAUCCAGUAGUAGCCGUUAUGAUCUUAGGGCAUCGUCAGUUGCCACAGGUUUUUUGACCUAUUGUCAAUUACAAACUGAAUGCAGUCAACAUUUCCCAGCUGAUCAACCACCUCACAUCAUGCUAUCGAGAUUGCUUUAUGAAUUGGAUGGAAACAGCCAACAAUGUGCCAAUGCUCAUUUUUCUCAAUAUAAUUUAAAUGCAGAUAUGCUUCGAGGUCUACUCUUUCGCAUGAUGCAAUCGGGCGAUACGUAUUUUGAUCGUACUGUGAUACCGGCCAUCAUCUUUCGUCUGAAUCGUUGUAAUGAAGAAGAUGUCACAGUACUGGAUUUCUUUUUCAAAACUAGUUUUGGAACGGGAGGAGAUGCAGAUGGAGGCCUAGCUAAUACACCGGGACUGAUCUAUUCCGGCGUUCUCAAUUAUAAUAUUGUACAAUCGGAACGUUGGCUAGCUGUGAACGAAAGCGAAGUCGAUGAAGAGACAAUAAUAGGUUGGCAUAAUUCAACCAUAAUGGCUCCGCAGGAUCCUAAAUUAUAUAUUUCCUUGCGUUCUCAAUGGCCUAAGUAUCCAUUGGAUCAGUAUCACUAUCAAGUGGCUUCUUAUUCACCCUUGUUGAUGUUAUCGGGUCAACUCGAUGCGGCGGCACCUCUCGAUUAUGCUGCUCAACUCGCAUUGGUAACAUCAAAAACGCGAACAUUCUAUGCCAUUCCAUUGACUGGUCAUAUUACUAUCAAUAUAGCAACACUUGGAUAUACGUGUCCACUCUUUCUCAUCUGUUCAUGGGUAUUUCCCGAUCUAUUUCCACAAGAAUGGCGUGAUCCUGCAUGCAUUGGAGAACUUCCCACAACAAUGGAUUUUGUUGGAGCUACUGAGCAAGGACAGGAAUAUUCGGUGCAAUACUUGAAUAUAUCUAAACCAUUCGGUAACGGGAGUUCGAAUUCUCUUCCUAAUUCAAGCCUUCGUUCGACAGGUGCUUUUGAAUUAGUGUUUUGUUUUUUGCUAUUUGUUCUAGUAACUUUCGUAUAG